CUUGGUGGGGAGCCCUGGUCGCUAACAGGGAGAGAGAGAGAGGGAAGGGAAGAGAAGGGAGUAUAUGAUAUCACAGCAGUGUUUUUUCUGCCAGUUGCUGGACUCAUCUACUUGCUUGCUUACUUAUUUACUUACUUACUUACUUACUUCAUCACUGGAACUCCUCCACCUGCUCCUCCUCUUCCUCCUUGUUUCCGUCCUCACCAGAAUUAUAACAACUCCUUUUAUCCCGUCCUUAACAGCCAUUCAACGUUAAGGGCAUGAUAGAUCUCUGAAGACGCAGGGAAUCUAGUUGUGUUGCCAGUUUUGUGGGUAGUGCGGUGCUGAGGAGAUGGAUGGCGUUCACAAGGGGGUGUUGAGACCUGGGAAUUGAAGUGGGUGAGCCUCGCAGGUGGAGAUGUUGGACGAGAGUGAGAUAUGGGUUUAGGCUGUGGAGACCAUGGUGGGUUGGUUGGUUGGUUGGUUGGUUGGUUGACUGCGUGGUGUGAUUGAUUGCCGAACGUGUAGUUGAAGGUGGGGGUUGCAAGAGGGACGAGCGAGCGGAAGUGUGUUCGUGAAGGAGGGAGACUGGGUUUUUGGAUGUGUGGAUGUUUUGAAGAGUGGUGUGGGGAUUGUUAGUGCAUGGGGUUUGACAUGGCGCUGGGCUCCGGCCUGCAUGCGCCGGAGAGGGCGCUCUUGACGCUUCAAGUGCCGCAGCAAGUGGUCGUCCCGGCGUUUUUUCUGUGUCCGAUUUCGCUAGAGCUGAUGCGGGAUCCCGUGACGCUGAGCACAGGAAUGACGUUCGACCGGUCAAGUAUCGAGAGGUGGCUUGAAUUCGGGAAUAACACCUGCCCUGGGACUAAUCAGGUGCUCGAGAACCAGGAGCUCAUUCCGAAUCACACUCUCCGACGUCUCAUUCAGAAUUGGUGUGUCGCGAAUAAAGCAUACGGCGUGGAGCGAAUCCCCACGCCGAAGGCGCCUCUGCAGACCGAGAAGGUGAAGCAGUUGCUAGCCGAUAUCGGUCAAUGUGAAACGGCGGGAUACAAUUCCUUGAAGAAGCUGUGGAGCUUAGCUAAAGAGAGUGAGCGGAACAGAAAAUGUAUCGAGGAAAUUGGGGCGGUUCCCAUCCUUGCUGAAGCUUUGGCUCAACUUGGGGUGGAUAUGUGCUACUCUUCGCGUUGCAACAGGGACCGGGAAGAGGCUUGCGAAGAUGUGUUGGCCAUAAUUGCGCUAAUGCGGGUCGGCGAUGGCGACAAGAAGGCGCUAGCUGCCCCGAAGUCAUUGGCGUGUUUGGCAUUUGUCCUCGCUUCUGGAAGCCUCGAAGCCAAGGCUAACGCUGCCGACGUUAUUCAUACCCUUUGUGAAGAGGAUCCUCAUUUGAAAAUCGCGGUGGGUGAUCUUCCUGGAGCUAUCGAAGCAUUCGUAGAUCUCCUCAAGGAGAAUUUGUAUCCGAGGGUAGUUCAAGCAGGUUUGCGGUGCUUGUUAUCCGUCUGCCUUCCUCGGAGGAACCGCGUCAUAGCUAUUGAGUGCCGAGCAUUAAGCGUUCUGGUGGAGCUUCUUCCAAACACUGAGAAACGAAAUAAGGAUUUGGCAUUUGAAGUUCUGGAGAUUAUGGCCAACUGCGCUGAAGGUCGGGAAGCAAUAUCCAACCAUGCCACGGCCAUCCCUAUGAUCGUCAAAUCAAUGCUGGGCGUCUCUCAACGCGUGACGGAGUGCGCUGUGUCUACCCUGUGGGUGGUUCUCUCUUAUGCCUCCAACCGAAAUGUUAUCAACACGGCGCUGCAGGCAGGCGCUUUUACCAACCUGCUCGUGUUACUACCCAGUGAGUGCAGCCAACGCACAAAGCAAAAAGCCCGCGACAGCUUGAAGCUCCUCAACGAGGUCUGGGGCAGCUACACUUGCAGACCCGCUGACGAAUCUCGCAUCGUCAACAAGCGAGAUAUGAGGCAGCUGCGAUUUAGCACCGAGUUAGUGUAAUUUUUUAAGAUAGUUCUUUUUCUAGUUCUAAGAGUCGACGCCCGCUCCAGUUCAUUUGUUCGAAGACCAAGUCAUUGAUCAUCUUGGAGCGUCACAUUACUCUUCAUUCUUUUCGGGCGCCAUGAUUACCGCGCCCUUGGUCACAUUGAAUAGCACUAGUACAUCAGAUUAAAAACGGCCUUGCCCCCGACUUGUAGAAUUGGCUUCCUAUUACGUUUUGUUUACUUUUUUUUUUUUUUUUUUUUUUUUCCAUCAAUCGGUAGGAUUGGUGUUGGGGUUUACGUUAAUGAGACGAAAUGUAGCCGCGCCUCAAUUAGGAGCACGCUGCUGGUCGAGAACACCGCUGCUUGGAAUGUAACACAAGGUUACAUCUGGCCGAAACAAGUCGCCAUUACUUCAAUCAUACAAUUUUCAAGCUUUGACUGAAAAUAAAAAGAAAAGAGCUUUGCGAAAUCCA